AUGCAGCGAUCGAUCAUCACCUGGCAGGAGGCUCAACCCGACCAGAUAGAUGUCUCUGAAAUCUUCGUGGACACAGCGUUCCGGUCGACACCAUGGGCUCAGGAGAAAGUGGAGAGGGAGAGUUCUCGCACAGCAGCCAGGAUCCUGUUUGUCAGCGAGAGCAACGUGGAUUACAAUUUGGGUGAAGGUCCGGAAGCAGUGGUGAGCGAGGUGGCUGCUUGGAAUGACGUCACUCUUCCAGAGGACUUCAAGGCCCGCCACUUCAGCCCAGAAGAGGACAUUGUCCAAUUUGAUCUUGUGGUGGUCAUGGACAAAUUCACUGCAGCUGAUGUCCUCCGAGAGGUGAGCGUGUUUGACACAAUCAACUCAACGGGGAACUACUCGAAAAGGGUGAGGCGGCUGGGCGAGUUCCACCCCGAGCUUGCUAAAAUAAUGACCCCGGACGGCCAGGACAUCGAUGACCCCCUCUAUGGCAACAAAGGCGGCGCCACAGAAAAGGAGGCAGUGGAAGCUGCGCUGGUCACGCUGCGCGAGGCAUGUGAGGGAUUAGUGGACUGGCUGGAGCAGCUGAAGGGGGCCCUGCAAGAGGGAGAGAGCCUGCGCGCAGCUGUCAACCGAGCCGUGCGCGAAAUGAAUGAGCUCGAGUGGCUUGUGCCCCCGAUGCUGCAGAACCGCUGA